AGAAUAUAACAUGACAUAACCCCCCUCUCCCUCUCUCUAUUCUCUAACAUUCCCUCCUACCACGCCUCUCUCUUUCUCUCACACACAACUCCCAACUACUUCUUCCACCACCCACCAAAACCCUCCCAAUCGCACAAUGGAAGACUCAUCCACCUCCAUCAAGAUUUCGCCCUUCGAUCUCAUGUCCGCCAUAAUCAGAGGCAAGCUCGACCCUUCCAACGUCUCCUCCGAGGCCGCCGGCGAUGUUGCCGCCAUAAUACUCGAAAACCGCCAGUUCGUCAUGGUGCUCACCACCUCCGUCGCGAUUCUCAUAGGCUGCGUCAUCGCUCUUGUAUGGCGAAGAUCCAGCUCACACAAGCCCAAGCCUGUUGAGCUUCCCAAGCGCGUCAUCGAGAGGGAGCCCGAGCCCGAGGUCGACGACGGCAAGAAGAAGGUCAGCAUCUUCUUCGGCACACAGACCGGUACCGCCGAAGGAUUCGCCAAGGCCAUUGCCGAAGAGGCCAAAGCUAGAUACGACAAGGCCACCUUCAAAGUCCUUGAUUUGGAUGAUUAUGCAGCCGAUGACGAUGAAUACGAGGAGAAGUUCAAAAAGGAAAAGUUCGCCCUCUUCUUUGUUGCCACAUAUGGUGAUGGUGAGCCAACUGAUAACGCGGCUAGGUUCUAUAAAUGGUUUACGGAGGGAAGUGAGAGAGGAGAGUGGCUUCAGGAUCUUCAGUAUGGUGUCUUUGGCCUUGGAAACAGGCAGUAUGAGCAUUUCAACAAGGUUGCAAAGGAGGUUGAUGAUAUUCUUACUGAGCAAGGUGCGAAGCGUCUUGUCCCAGUGGGACUUGGAGAUGAUGACCAAUGCAUUGAAGAUGACUUCACUGCAUGGAAAGAAGAUCUGUGGCCAGUAUUGGAUCAAUUUCUCAGAGAUGAGGAUGAUACAACUGUAUCUACCCCUUAUACUGCUGCUGUUUUGGAGUAUCGGGUUGUUAUUCAUGAUCCAUUAGAUGCAGCUGCUGAGAAGUGGCAUAAUGUUAAUGGUCAUGCUAUUGUGGAUGCUCAACAUCCAGUCAGGGCAAAUGUGGCUGUGCAAAAGGAGCUUCAUACUCCUGCAUCAGAUCGUUCUUGCACUCAUUUGGAAUUUGAUAUUUCUGGCACUGGAGUUGCAUAUGAAACCGGUGACCAUGUUGGUGUCUACUGUGAGAAUUUGUCUGAAACCGUAGAAGAGGCCUUAAGGUUACUAGGAUUGUCACCAGAUACCUAUUUCUCUGUCCAUACUGAUAGUGAAGAUGGGAAACCAAUUGGAAGCUCAUUGCCACCACCGUUCCCUCCAUGCACUUUAAGAACAGCAAUAGCCCGAUAUGCAGAUGUAUUGAGUUCCCCUAAAAAGUCGGCCUUGCUUGCAUUGGCUGCCCAUGCUUCUGAUCUAUCUGAAGCUGAUCGACUAAGACAUCUAGCCUCUCCUGCUGGAAAGGAUGAAUAUGCUGAAUGGGUGAUUGCCAGUCAGAGGAGCCUUCUUGAGGUUAUGGCUGAAUUCCCGUCAGCCAAACCUCCACUUGGUGUAUUUUUUGCAGCAGUUGCUCCUCGCCUGCAACCAAGAUAUUAUUCUAUCUCAUCAUCUCCAAGGAUGGCUCCAUCAAGAAUUCAUGUUACAUGUGCACUAGUACGUGAUAAAAUGCCCACUGGAAGGAUUCAUAAAGGAGUCUGUUCGACUUGGAUGAAGAAUUCUGUGCCAUUGGAGAAAAGUCAGGACUGUAGUUGGGCUCCUAUCUUUGUUAGGCAGUCUAAUUUCAAACUACCUGCAGAUAAUAAGGUUCCUGUAAUCAUGAUUGGCCCCGGCACUGGAUUGGCUCCUUUCAGGGGUUUCUUGCAGGAAAGAUUAGCUCUAAAGGAAGAAGGAGUUGAACUUGGCCCCUCCGUUUUAUUCUUCGGAUGCAGGAACCGACAAAUGGACUACAUCUAUGAGGACGAAUUGAACCACUUUGUUAAUAGUGGCGCACUUUCUGAGCUCAUUGUUGCCUUUUCACGUGAGGGACCCAGUAAGGAAUAUGUCCAACAUAAAAUGAUGGAGAAGGCUUCGGAUAUUUGGAGCAUGAUAUCUCAGGGAGCUUACGUUUACGUGUGUGGUGAUGCCAAGGGCAUGGCUAAGGAUGUACACCGUACCCUUCACACAAUCUUGCAAGAGCAGGGUUCUAUGAACAGUUCCAAGGCUGAAAGCAUGGUGAAGAACCUACAGAUGAAUGGCAGGUAUCUGCGUGAUGUAUGGUGAUGAUCUCCAAUGGUAGAAGAACAAAAAUAACAAACUAUAAGAUAUGAGUCAUUGGUAGAAUAUGUUGGAAGGGCCUAUUUGCGACGCCUUCCAUUAGUGCCCUCAAAUGGGGGAACUACGGUUCUGUUGUCAUCACUACAACAGUUCCUAUAUUCUUUUUCAUGUAUUCUUUUU